AUGUCCCGCGCCUCGAAACUCACCCUCCUCGGCACCUCCGCCUUUGCGCUCGGCACCGUCGCCCUGGUGCACUGGCAGCAACAAGCCGAGAAGGAGGCAAUGCACGCCGGCGUCAUCCGCGACAUUGAACAACAACGAAUCAAGCGUGAACGCCAGCUCGAUUUCGAAAUGCAGCGCGAGCUCGAGAACGAAUACAAGAAACUCCAGACUGUUCGCGACGUCACAGAUCAGAUGGACCACCCGGUGCCUACGAAA